GAAAGGCGAGCCGGGAGCUCGGAGAGGGAGACUGGGAAACCCCGCCCCUCCAGUUUGGGAUGAGGAAUUCGCCCCCGAAGCCGGAGCCCUAGACGCGAGGCGCGCUCCCAGCCCUUAGCCAGGGAAAGACAUUCGAGGGCGCAGGACUGAGGACGCCUCUCGCUCCGGCCCCCGCGGCCCCGCGGCCGGCCCGCCCCCAGCCCCUCCGGCCCCGGCCCGCGCGCUCUGCCCCUUUAAGAAGCCCAGGUAGGCAGGCCCGGCCGCGGGACCGCUCCUAUGGCAACUCGCGAGCCGCGGCGGCUUCAUGAAUAUUCCGGGGCGCGGGAGCCCGAGCGCCGCCGGAGGGCUCUCCGGGGGAGGCGGCCGUUGAUGUAAGCCCAGCGGGCCGCUGGGCUCCGCGCGGCUGCGGCGGGAGCCCCGGGACGGGCCGGCCGGGCUCGGCCGGGGGAGGGAGGCGAGCUCGCGGGGGCCCGGCCACAAAGCCGGGGCAGCGAGACAGACGGACAGCCCGCCCGCGCCGGGACGCACGCGGGAGCCGCGGGCCGUGCGCUCUGCGCUCCCGAGCGGCUCCCCGAGCGCCGCGGCCGCAGCGCCGCUUGUGCCGGCGCCCAUUGUUCCCCGCGGGGGCGGGGCGCCUGGAGCCGGGCCGCGCGCCGCGCCCCUGAGCGCGGGAGGGAGGGAGCGCGGGGUCCCCGCGCCCAACCCGGCCCGGGAGGAGGCGCAGCGCGGCGAGCCCGGGACCCGGAGCCGGACUGGGAGCCCCGCGGCGCGCGGCAUGGGCGACUGAAGCGGCCCCGCGCCGGCUGUGAAGGACUCGUCCCCACGGGCGGACUGACAGGCGGGCGGACCUGGAGCGGCUCCGCGGCGCCGCGCCCCUGUCCCCGGCCCGGCCCGGCUCCUGGCGCCAUGGACAAGCUGCCGCCGUCCAUGCGCAAGCGGCUCUACAGCCUCCCGCAGCAGGUGGGGGCCAAGGCGUGGAUCAUGGACGAGGAAGAGGAUGCCGAAGAGGAUGGGGCCGGGGGCCGCCAAGACCCCAGCCGCCGGAGCAUCCGGCUGCGGCCGCUGCCCUCGCCCUCGCCCUCAGUGGCCGCGGGCAGCACGGAGUCCCGGGGCGCGGCCCUCGGGGCAGCGGACAGCGAGGGGCCGGCCCGCGGCGCGGCCAAGUCCAGCACGAACGGGGACUGCAGGCGCUUCCGCGGGAGCCUGGCCUCGCUGGGCAGCCGGGGCGGCGGCGGCGGCGCGGGCAGCGGCAGCAGUCACGGGCACCUGCAUGACUCCGCGGAGGAGCGGCGGCUCAUCGCCGAGGGCGACGCGUCCCCCGGCGAGGACAGGACGCCCCCGGGCCUGGCGGCUGAGCCCGAGCGCCCCGGAGCCUCGGCGCAGCCCGCAGCCUCGCCGCCGCCGCCCCAGCAGCCGCCACAGCCGGCUUCCGCCUCCUGCGAGCAGCCGUCCGCUGACACCGCUAUCAAAGUGGAGGGAGGCGCGGCCGCGGGCGACCAGAUCCUCCCCGAGGCCGAGGUGCGCCUGGGCCAGGCCGGCUUCAUGCAGCGCCAGUUCGGGGCCAUGCUCCAACCUGGAGUCAACAAAUUCUCCCUGAGGAUGUUCGGCAGCCAGAAAGCCGUGGAGCGCGAGCAGGAGAGGGUUAAAUCAGCGGGGUUUUGGAUUAUCCACCCCUACAGCGACUUCAGAUUUUACUGGGACCUGACCAUGCUGCUGCUGAUGGUGGGAAACCUGAUCAUCAUUCCUGUUGGCAUCACCUUCUUCAAGGAUGAGAACACCACGCCCUGGAUCGUCUUCAACGUGGUGUCGGACACGUUCUUCCUCAUCGACUUGGUCCUCAACUUCCGCACAGGGAUCGUGGUGGAGGACAACACAGAGAUCAUCCUGGACCCACAGCGGAUUAAGAUGAAGUACCUGAAAAGCUGGUUUGUGGUGGAUUUCAUCUCCUCCAUCCCCGUGGACUACAUCUUCCUCAUCGUGGAGACCCGCAUCGACUCGGAGGUCUACAAGACUGCCCGGGCCCUGCGCAUCGUCCGCUUCACCAAGAUCCUCAGCCUCCUGCGCCUCCUACGUCUCUCCCGCCUCAUCCGAUACAUUCACCAGUGGGAAGAGAUCUUCCACAUGACCUACGACCUGGCAAGUGCCGUGGUGCGCAUCGUGAACCUCAUCGGCAUGAUGCUGCUGCUGUGCCACUGGGACGGCUGCCUGCAGUUCCUGGUGCCCAUGCUGCAGGACUUCCCCGACGACUGCUGGGUGUCCAUCAACAACAUGGUGAACAGCUCCUGGGGCAAGCAGUACUCCUACGCCCUGUUCAAGGCCAUGAGCCACAUGCUGUGCAUCGGCUACGGGCGGCAGGCGCCCGUGGGCAUGUCCGACGUGUGGCUCACCAUGCUCAGCAUGAUCGUGGGCGCCACCUGCUACGCCAUGUUCAUCGGCCACGCCACCGCCCUCAUCCAGUCACUGGACUCCUCCCGGCGCCAGUACCAGGAAAAGUACAAGCAGGUGGAGCAGUACAUGUCCUUCCACAAGCUCCCGCCCGAUACCCGGCAGCGCAUCCACGACUACUACGAGCACCGCUACCAGGGCAAGAUGUUCGACGAGGAGAGCAUCCUUGGCGAGCUGAGCGAGCCGCUGCGGGAGGAGAUCAUCAACUUUAACUGCCGGAAGCUGGUGGCCUCCAUGCCGCUGUUUGCCAACGCAGACCCCAACUUUGUGACAUCCAUGCUGACCAAGCUGCGCUUUGAGGUCUUCCAGCCCGGGGACUACAUCAUCCGGGAAGGCACCAUCGGCAAGAAGAUGUACUUCAUCCAGCACGGUGUGGUCAGUGUGCUCACCAAGGGCAACAAGGAGACCAAGCUGGCCGACGGCUCCUACUUUGGAGAGAUCUGCCUGCUGACCCGGGGCCGGCGCACGGCCAGCGUGCGGGCUGAUACCUACUGCCGCCUCUACUCGCUGAGCGUGGAUAACUUCAACGAGGUGCUGGAGGAGUACCCCAUGAUGCGACGGGCCUUCGAGACCGUGGCGCUGGACCGCCUGGACCGCAUUGGCAAGAAGAACUCCAUCCUCCUCCACAAAGUCCAGCACGACCUCAACUCCGGCGUGUUCAACUACCAGGAGAACGAGAUCAUCCAGCAGAUUGUGCAGCACGACCGGGAGAUGGCCCACUGUGCCCACCGCGUCCAGGCCGCUGCCUCUGCCACCCCGACCCCCACGCCCGUCAUCUGGACCCCGCUGAUCCAGGCACCCUUGCAAGCUGCCGCUGCCACCACGUCCGUGGCCAUAGCCCUCACCCACCACCCUCGCCUGCCUGCUGCCAUCUUCCGCCCGCCCCCAGGACCCGGGCUGGGCAACCUCGGGGCUGGGCAAACGCCCAGGCACCUGAAGCGGCUGCAGUCUCUGAUCCCCUCCGCGCUAGGCUCCACCUCGCCUGCCAGCACCCCCUCCCAGGUGGACACGCCGUCUUCAUCUUCCUUCCACAUCCAACAGCUGGCUGGAUUCUCCGCACCCGCCGGACUGAGCCCGCUCCUGCCCUCGUCCAGCUCCUCCCCAGCCCCAGGGGCUUGCGGCUCCCCACCAGCUCCCACACCGUCGGCUGCCACAGCUGCCACCACCACAGCUGGGUUUGGCCACUUCCACAAGGCGCUGGGUGGCUCCCUGUCCUCCUCUGAUUCUCCCCUGCUCACCCCGCUGCAGCCAGGGGCCCGGUCCCCACAGGCCGCCCAGCCGCCACCCCCGCUGCCAGGGGCCCGGGGAGGCCUGGGGCUCCUGGAGCACUUCCUGCCACCCCCACCCUCCUCCAGGUCCCCGUCAUCCAGCCCUGGGCAGCUGGGCCAGCCUCCCGGGGAGCUGUCCCCAGGUCUGGCCGCUGGCCCACCAAGUACACCAGAGACGCCCCCACGGCAGGCUGAGCGGCAGUCCUUCGUGGCAGGGGCCUCUGGGGGGGCUUCCCCUGGAGCCUUUACUCCCCGGGGAGGGCUCAGCCCACCUGGCCACAGCCCAGGCCCCCCAAGAACUUUCCCGAGUGCCCCACCCCGGGCCUCUGGCUCCCACGGCUCCUUGCUCCUGCCGCCCGCGUCCAGCCCCCCACCGGCCCAGGUUCCCCAGCGCCGGGGCACACCGCCCCUCACCCCAGGCCGCCUCACCCAGGACCUCAAGCUCAUCUCAGCCUCUCAGCCAGCCCUGCCCCAGGACGGGGCGCAGACUCUCCGCAGAGCCUCCCCUCACUCCUCUGGGGAGUCCGUGGCUGCCUUCCCGCUCCUCCCCAGGGCCGGGGGCGGCAGCGCAGGCAGCGGGGGGCUCGGCCCCCAGGGGAGGCCCUAUGGUGCCAUCCCAGGCCAGCACGUCACUCUGCCUCGGAAGACAUCCUCAGGUUCUUUGCCACCCCCUCUUUCUUUGUUUGGGGCAAGAGCCACCUCUUCUGGGGGGCCCCCUCUGACUGCUGCACCCCAGAGGGAACCUGGGGCCAGGUCCGAGCCAGUGCGCUCCAAACUGCCGUCCAACCUAUGAGCGGGGCCCUCCCUCCCCCUUCCCACUCCUUCUCCCUCCCUGCCUCCUUCAGGUUUAACUGUGAUUAGGAGAUAUACCAAUAACAAUAAUAAUUAUCGUUAAAAAACCCACACACACCAGAAAAACAAAAGACAGCAGAAAAUAACCAGGUAUUCUUAGAGCUAUAGAUUUUUGGUCACUCGCUUUUAUAGACUAUUUUAAUACUCAGCACUAGAGGGAGGGAGGGCGCGGGAGGGGGGGCAGGCAGGGCCCAAGCGUGAAAGCCAGAGGAAGGCGGGUGGGGUCUCCGGCUGGGCAGAUGGGGGUGACUGGUGUUUGGGGUUCCUACAGCAGACACGUCAAUUGUAUUUGUUUAGAGCAGCAGCUGCCAUCAGCCCCAUAGCUGUGAACUUGGAGCCCCACUCUGCUGGGGGUCGUCUUGUUCCCCGGGAAGGGGCUGCCCUGGGGGUGUGUUCCUGGGGAGCCUCAGAUGCCUGAGUCCUUGGGAGAGCUGGGCCAGGGCCGAGGGCCUUGAGUUUUUUCUACUGUAAACGUAGCAAGAUAUGUAUAUGACUAUGUAUAUGUAUAUGUAUGUAAGAUGUGUAUAUGUAUAGCUAUGUAGCGCUCUGUAGAGCCAUGUAGAUAGCCGCUCAUGUGUGCGCACACGUGUGUGCAAUCCAGUUUAACCCCAUGUUGCCAGGACACCCAGGUCACCGUACAUGCAGCAACCCGCCUCGGCCCGCAGGCUGGGCACCGCAUGGUCCGGGGAAGCACUCUCUCUGGUCCUCGGGGGAGAGGACCCCCAGGACCUUGCAGCAGGCCCCAUCUGUCCCCGUCUCUUGUCUCAAAUCCAGGCGCAGCCUGACCUCUCACCACACGGUAGCAGAAGACUCUCGUCUGCUGGGGCGUCAGCACGGCCCGUCCCCUCUGUGGCCCUCACUUUUCCCACCUGUGAGGUGGAGGCACGGGGAACCACUGUUCGUUGAGUCCGCUCUGUGCCAAGCACUGGUUCGCACUUUACACACAUUAGCUUCUUCAGUUUCACAAAGACCAUGAGGUAGGUACCUUGGUUCUGCCCAUUUCACAGAUGAGGAAACUGAGUUUUGGGUAAUUUUCCCAGAAUCCUGUAACUAGGAGUGGCAGAGCAGGGACCGACCUGAGAUUUGCGUCCGUGCCAGCCUGAGGCCCAAGCCUAUGUUCCUUCCAUCAGAAAGCUGUUUUGAGAGAGGCUGAGACAGACGGUCCCCAAGUGUGGUGCAGAGGAAAGAGACCAGAUUUUGAGUUCAAAUCCCAGCCCUGCCACUUCUUAGCUGUACGAUCUGGGGCAAGUUUUCUGACCUUUGUAAGCAUGUUACCUCAUUUGUAAAAUGGGAAUGAUUAUGUUAGCGCCUCACAAGGACCCGUGAGGACCAGAUGAGAAAAGUGGUGUAUGGGAAAUGCCCAGCCCAGCGCCUGGCACAUACCAUAGCAGGUGCUCAAUAAAUCACAUUUCUUCUGCCCCUCACAUGCUCCGCCCAUCGCUCCAGCAGCUGUGGUGAGAGCACAGGAGCUUUGGCUGAGGGCUCCAAGAUCUAAAAUCUCAGGACUCAGGAGGUGGCUGGGCCUCCCCAAGGGCCAGAGGAAGGUGUGUGGCCAGUGGUGGGCUUGAGCCAGGCCUUGAGAUGCGGAGAGCAUCAGGGGGGAGGGAGUGGGGUGGGACGGCGUGUCCUGCAGGAGAUCGCCGGGGGGGAUGCCUUGGGAGGAGAUCCAAGGCUUGGGGUGACAGGCAAAGGGGGUAGACCGGGCUUGGUUCUGAGGCAACUGGGAGCCAUAGGCAGGCUCCGGAUGGAGCCUCCCUCCUGAGCACGGCCCUCCUCCCCUACAGGAUCCCGCCAGAGCCAAGGGAAGGAGCAGGUGUGGCUGCAACACCCAAAUAAUGAGGAGGGCUGGUCCCACCUUGUACAUCCAGAACCUUCUGUGCACUAAGCCAGAAUGUUGGCAAGAACAGGGUUUGCUCUGAGCUGUCCUGGGUUGUGGGGCAGGCCGAUUUCUCCAUGGUUGGGCUGCAGGGAGUGGGAGGCAGUAAUCCAGAAGAGAAGGGGUGAAGGGUCCUGGGGUCCUAGGUAAAGACCAGAAGCCGCUGGGCCCUGUUCUCUACUGAGCUGGGGAAGCCCCCUUGGGCCCAGAGAGUCUCAGAGCUGGAAGGAUUUAAACAGCCUCGCCCUGAGUUCUGCGCACACCCCUGCCCUGCAAGGAGGGCAGCGCCGGGAAGCUUGAUCCAAACCCACAGUCUGGUCCCAGAGGCAGCGGGAGUAGAAGGUGGAGAGUCCAGGGGCUUGAGGAGUGAAGAGCAUCCUUGCCGCCAGGGUCUGGCCUAAGCACCCUCCUGCUACCUACACACACGCGUGUUUUAUAAGAGCUCGGACCCAGCCCGGCCGCUCCGCAGAGACUGGAGGAGCCAGGGCCAGUCGGUGGGCACUCCCAUCCCCAGUCUCCCACAAGCAGUUUUCAAAUCUUCCACUUUUAAAACAGAAAACGGUAAAUGCGCCGUGUUGUAUAUUUUAUUUAAAUAAAA